AUGUUUAAGAAUAAUAAUAUCGGUAAUGGUAAUGAUAAUGAUAAUGGUAACGGUAACGGUAAUGGAAAUGAUAAUGACAACCGCAAUGGCAUGAUCAACGACAAUGACAACUGUAACGACAACGACACCGACAACAAUAACUGUAACGACAACGGUAACGAUAAUGGUAAUGAUAAUGGUAAUGGUAACAGGAAUGAGAACGUGAACAAUAAUUGUAGCAACAAUGGUAACAGGAACAGUAACGACAACGGUGACAAUGAUAGUGAUAGUGACGAUGACGGUGACAGUGAUAGUGAUAGUGAUGAUGAUGGUGACAGUGAUAGUGACGAUAACGUUGAUGUUGACGAUCAUAGUGACAGUCAUGGUCACUAUCAUGGUGAUAAUCAUGAUAACAGUAACGAUAAUGGUAACAAUCAUGGUCAAUAUCUGGGUUACGGUCACGAUAUUUGUAAUGGUAACAGUAAUGGUAAUAAUAAUGGUAACGGUAACGUUAACGGUAAUUGUAACAUUAAGGGUGACUGUGACAGUGACGGUGAUGGUGAUAGUGAUAGUAACAAUAACGGUGACGAUGACAAUGACGUUGUGGUGGCGGUGACGAUGACAGUGAUAGUGACAAUGACGGUGACGGUGUUGGUGACGAUGACAAUAUUGGAGACGGUGAUACUAACGAUGCGACGAUGUGGUGGUAAUAGUGACAGUGAUGAUGGUGAUGACGCUGACGCUAACGGUGAUGGUGACAAUCACGAUAAUGGUGACAGUGACGGUGAUAGUGACGGUGCAACGGCGAUGAUGAUGACGGUGAUAGUAACAGUAUUGGAGAUGGUGACAGUGACGAUGAUAGUUACAGUGAUGUGUAGUGACGAUGACAAUAACGAUGACGAUGACGAUGACGGUAACAGUGACAGUGACAUUCAUAGUGAUAGUGACGAUCACGGUCAUUAUCACUGUGACGGUCAUGAUAACAAUAACGGUAAUAGUAAUAGUAAUGAUAACGAUAAUGAAAUGGAUGUUAAGAGUGCUUUCUUAAAUGAAUUUAUUAAAGAAGAUGUUUUUGUUGAAAAACCUUCUAGUUAUGAAGAUUAUAAACAUUCUAAUCAUAUUUAUAAACUAAACAGAGCAUUGUAUGAUUAA